GCUUUUUCAGCUGAGGUGUCUCACUGCAUAUAUAGCGUACGACUCACGCGGCUCUCAACUCCACUCUCCUCUCAUCCUUUUACUGCUCUCUUUCAUCUCAUCUCAUCUCAUCUGCACAACCUUUCAGCUCAAACCCCCAAUCAGGCCCCCAGCCACCAUGUCCCUCGCCUACCCUUCUCGCCCUCCCUCCCGGGCCGGCUCCCCACCCCCAGACCCCCCAGAAAAACAGAAACCGCCCCAAAAAGCCCUGGAAGAAUUCUGGGACAGCAUUAUCUCCAAAGCCCCUGGCAAAGUAUCCAACAUCUUCCCCCGCAGCCUCUACGCCAACAUCCUAUCUCCCACCAAAACGUCCGGCACCUCGUCUGUUCGCAACGCGGCAGCGAGCUACGAGGAGGCGGCAGAACAGUGUAGGCUCAAGGUGAAGAGGAUCGUGAGGGAGUGCCAGAGGACGAAUGAGAAGUACACUGAUCCGGACUUCGAUCUUGAAGAAGAUUUUCGGCGGAACAGGAAGAAUUGUCUUCGUGGGCUUGAAACUGAAGAAGACUCCGAUGACGAGGGACCCCCGAGAGUCGAUGGGGGUGAUUUGGGUGUGGCAUUGAGCACGCUGCUUGCGAGUAAUGUGUUGGGGUCGAGACCGAGUGUGAAUUUGGAUCUUGUGCCGUUGAUGCAGACCCUGAGAGCUGGUAGUGGGGGCAGGAAGAAUGAGCCGGAGGGUGUACAUCGUGUGGACUGGAUUUUCGACGAGCCGAGCUUUACGGUUGAUGGCUUUGCGAGCUCUGAUGUGCAGCAGGGGAGUAAUGGGGACUGUUGGUGGAUUGCUGCUGUCGCCACGCUCUGUUCCAUGGAAGGGCUCAUGGAUCGUGUUUGUGUGGCGCGAGAUGCCGAGUGUGGCGUUUAUGGGUUCGUGUUUUAUCGCGAUGGGGAAUGGAUUAGUACUGUUGUGGAUGAUAGUUUGUAUGUCAGGAUGAGGGAUUACGAUGCCGAUUUCGAUGAUUAUGAUCCGACAGGCGAGAAGGAGAGGAAGUAUAAGGAUCGGUAUCAGACGGGCAGUGAGGCGCUGUAUUUCGCGAAGUGUCAGAGUGCUAAUGAGACGUGGCUGCCGUUGUUGGAAAAGGCGUAUGCGAAGGCUCACGGGGAUUACGAUGCGAUUGCUGGGGGGAAUCCUGGGGAGGCAGUUGAGGAUAUGACAGGUGGUGUAACGACAACUAUUAUGACGAAUAAGAUUCUGAAUAAGCAGAAGUUAUGGAAGGAGUUGUUGAAUGAGAACAAGGAGUUCGUGUUUGCGGCUUCGUCUCCAUGGCUUGGGAAGGAUACGGAGGCGAGGCAGGGGCUUGCUUUGAGCCAUGCGUACUCUGUUCUCAAGGCAGUGGAGGAGGUUGGCGAGGAUGAUAAGAAGGUUCAAUUGGUUCUAAUUCGCAAUCCAUGGGGGAAACGAGCAUGGAACGGGAUGGGAGAGUGGAGCGGUCCCUGGAGCGAUGGCUCCAAAGAGUGGACUCCCUACUGGAUGAAAAAACUUGGCCAUCACUUCGGCGACGAUGGAGAAUUCUGGAUGUCUUUCCGUGACUUCUGCAGAAAAUUCAAUGUGAUUAACCGAACACGCCUCUUCGACAAGAAUUGGAGCGUUGUUCAGCAGUGGACCUCUGUCCACGUUUCAUGGGUGAUUGGAUACUUGAAGACGAAAUUCGUGGUCGAAGUGAAGAAUGAGGGGCCAGUGGUUGUGGUGCUGAGACAGCUUGAUGACCGCUACUUCAAAGGCCUUGAAGGGCAGUACUGGUUCGACCUCGAGUUCCUCCUGCAAGAAGAAGGAGCCGAGGAGGACGACUACAUCGUCCGCGCGCGCUCCACCUCACCAUGGGGUGACCGGUCCAUCUCCGCGGAAGUGACCCUCAAACCCGGCAAAUACGAAGUCCUCCCCAGAAUCACGGCAGCCAGGGACACGUCGCGCCCUGUUGUAGAAGCGGUAGUGAAGUUGGCGGCCGAGAACAAUCCGAAGAAGUUGAGGCAGAUUGGGAUGAAUUAUGAUAUUGCCCAUGCAAAGGGUGGGUUCGAGUUAGAACUAGCACAGGAAAAGGACAGAGUGAGGAGGAAGAAGGAAAAGGAGGAGAAGAGACAAAAGGAGGAGAGAUUGCAGAUGGAGGAGGCUGCUAAGAAGGCGGCGGAGGAUAUGAUUAAGGAGGAGCAAAAGGAGGCGCUGAUGGAGGAGAUCAAGACUGAGAUGAAGGAAGAGGAUAAGGGUGAAGGCUCAAAGGAUGCGGACGAGAGCAAGGAGAGGGCUGAGGAGGAGACUUUCGCAGAUGCUAAGGGAGAUGCCAAGGCUGAGACGACCGAGGAGAAGGGUGAAGGGUCAGAGGGAAGCAAAAAAGAUCCGAAAGAAGAGCCAAAGGACGAAUCUAAGGAAGUUGCCAAAGAGAAGCCCGAGAAAAACGUCAGAGAUGUCAAGGAAGUCAAGGAAGACGCCAAAACGCACUCAAGACACAUAUCAGACCCCGGGGAUGCUCGUCAGACACAGACACACAAGGAUGAAGUCGAGGUAACCAAAGUACACGAACCCGAGAAGAGGGGCCUUGACUCCACCAAACCACAACAAGAGGGCGAGAAUGCUGAAGAUACCGAGAAGGAGAAAGAUGAAAAGAAAAAGGAGGGCGAGCCUGAGAAACCAAAGCCAUCGGACGUUGAGCCGGCAGACAAUCCCUGGAAUGCCGUUACUGUCAUUGGACUGCUGGUGUACUCGAAGGACCAUGAUGCGAAGGUGACUCUUGUCAAGCCUGCAGCGCCGGAGGAUGAUGUUUUGCUAUGAGAUGGUGCCAAAAGUUUCAUUUGUAAACGAUCGUGGUGUGGUGGAUAUUGGAGCGCGCAAGAUAUCCGACAGAUUGAAGAAAUUACAUAUCUUGCUCUCUGUUGUUUGCUCUAUCUCUAUAUUAAUACCGCUCCUCGUCAACAUCUGUAUCUCUAGGCAAACUGACGGAACGCCAGCGUCGACUGUCCCCGUUACCCCAGCUGGGAUCCAACGUGCGCUGCAAAGUAGCCCUAUAGAGUAGUCCGUGUGUUGAUUAAGGAGUGCUCCCGCUUAGCAAUUCCCAGUAGGUAUUUGAUAAAGGAAGUUAAAGGAGA